CAUUGCUGUCAAAAAUCUAGUCUUGAGCAAAUCCCUUGCAGAAGUUUGAUUUAAAAGUUUGACCUGGACUUGUGAUAUAUCUUACAAAUGUCAACUCAGAUUAUAUUUUUGUCACCCGAAAACACAAUUCGCAGUCUCUAAACAGAGCAUGUACACUAGAAAGAACGCACUGGUGUACUUUGUUGUUCUACUUGUGAUCCAACCAUGCAUUUGUUUGGACUCCAUCACACAGACACAACCUCUUAAAGAUGGUGAUGUUCUUAUCUCUCAGGGGGAAUACUUUGAGAUUGGAUUCUUUUCCCCUGGAAGCUCUAGCAACCGUUAUGUCGGUGUUUGGUAUCACCAGAUUCCGGAAAAAAAUGUUGUCUGGGUGGCUAACAGAGAUAGUCCUGUGAAAAACACUUCUGGGGUUCUGUCUGUAGAUGGAACAGGACAGCUUGUUCUAUCUUACAGCGGAACUCCACAAGCUUUAAUCUGGUCAAGUAAUGUUUCAGGAUCCGGAGAUAGCAGGUUCUCAGCUAAGAUACUGGAUACUGGAAAUUUUGUUUUGUUCAAGGAUGAAUACAGCGAAAAGAAUGUCAUCUGGCAAGGAUUUGACCAUCCAACGGAUACACAUCUUCCAGGAAUGAAGAUUGGGUGGAACAAAAAGACUGGAGAAAAUAGGUUCAUCACUUCUUGGAAGUCACCUGAAAAUCCAGGAACAGGUCAGUACUCUUUUAAAUUUGAUGCUAAUGAAUCCAACCCCCAAGUGUUCAUUUACAAUGGUGCUGAAAAGUUGAUGCGAAUUGGACCCUGGAAUGGCGUUACCUUUAGUGGUUAUCCGGAAUUUACAGUAAGUGGUGCUUAUCAAGUCUCCAAGCUUAUAUAUAUUGACAAUGAAGAAGAGGUGUCCUGGUACUAUACUAUAAAUAAUCCUGCAAAUAUUACAAAAUUUGUACUGAAUGAGACGAGAGGUCUAGCGCAAAGGUUAAAUUGGGAUCCAGUCACGCAAAAAUGGUAUCCAUUCUGGACAGGGCCAGAAGAUUUGUGUGACUUUUAUAGGCAUUGUGGUGCAUUUAGUACUUGCAACCCGGCCAAUGUUGGUGCGCAAGGUUGUGAGUGUCUUCCAGGAUACGUGUCUCAAGGAAAUCCUCUGCGAGAUAGAUCUCAGUGUCUGAGGAAAUCUGAGGCCCUCGUGUGUGGAAAGGGGGAGGGGUUCGUGGAGGUCUCAGGAGUAAAGGUUCCAGACACCAGCACCGCACAUUUGGAGUCAGAUAUUACACUUAAAGCUUGCAACAACUUAUGCUUGAAAAACUGCUCCUGUACCGGAUACACAAUUGCUAAUAUCAGUAACGGUGUUGGAUGUUUAACAUGGUACGGAGACCUGGUAGAUAUUCGACAAUACUCUGAUGGAGGUCAGGUUCUUUAUGUAAGGGUAGAUCAUCACGAGUUAGCUGACUCAAAGCAGAGACUCCUGAGAGUUUUGCUUCCAGUACUGGUUGCCAUCUUACUCAUAAUAAUUGCAUUUGGAUAUUGGUUGCUCUGGAAGAAGAAAAAGAGAGGAGGCAGCAAACGACUGGAAUUGUUUAACAGUCUGGAAAAUAGUGAUGAAAGAGGAACAAGUAGCACAGAGGUGCACUGUUUUCCACUGAGUAUUAUUAUUGCAGCCACAAACAACUUUGCAUUUUCUGAGAAGUUAGGAGAAGGUGGUUUUGGCACCGUGUACAAGGGGAAGCUGCCAAACGGACCAGAUAUUGCAGUGAAAAGAUUAUCAAUUACAUCAAGUCAAGGGAUAGAGGAAUUCAAAAAUGAAAUCCUUCUUAUAGCGAAACUUCAACACAGGAACCUAGUUAGACUAUUGGGAUAUUGCAUCGAACAAGAGAAAAUGUUGAUCUACGAGUACUUGCCAAACGGAGCACUAGACUGCUUCAUUUUUGCAAAAAAGUCGGUGCUAGAUUGGCAGACACGCUUUGAUAUUGCAAUGGGAAUUGCUCGAGGAAUGCUAUAUCUUCACCAGGACUCCAGAUUAAGAAUUAUUCACAGAGAUUUAAAAGCUAGCAAUGUAUUACUCGAUGCUUCCAUGAACCCUAAAAUAUCAGAUUUUGGCAUGGCUCGAAUAGUUGGCAGCGACCAAAAUGAGGAAACAACGAACAGAGUUGUGGGAACAUAUGGUUACAUGUCACCAGAAUAUGCUAUGGAAGGACAUUUCUCAAUAAAAUCAGAUGUUUUCAGCUUCGGCGUUCUACUACUGGAGAUCACCAGUGGCAGAAGGAACAACAGUAGUUUCGAUGCUGAAAACUCUUUAAAUUUAAUUGGUCAUAUUUGGGAUCGCUGGCUACAAGGUACACCACUGGAAGUAGUUGAUCGGUCACUGGGUGAAUCAUAUGUUGUUGAAGAAGUUUUAAGAUGCAUUCAUAUUGGCUUAUUGUGUGUACAAGAAUCUGCAGCUGUUCGUCCAACUAUGUCGGAGGUAGUCACUAUGUUGUGUAACGAGAGGAUUCCUUCAUCUCCACCAGAACAGCCUGCAUUUAUAAAUAGAGCGACGGGAUAUUUUGGACCUGUAAGGUCAAGUUCUUCUGGAAAUGGAGCCAUUGCUGUUACGGAAAUGACAGUUAGUAUGAUUGAAGGUCGAUAACAAGGUGAGAGAAUUGUACCAUAGUAUGAUUUAGAUCCAAAUACAGGUACAUUAUGUUAAUCACAGUAAUUUGUAUACAAUUUUCGAUCCUCAAAAUGUUUUGAUAUUCAUACAAGUUCAUAGUAACUGUUGGUAA